AUGAAUAAUACUGAUACUACUUCUUUCCAGUCUAUUCUUGCUGGUGUCAAGAGGUUGAGAGAUCAAAACGGUAGUGGUGAUGAAAAUUCGUCCAAGAAACAUCAACAGCAGCGUACAACGGAGCAAGUGGAGCCAAGCAAAGAUGUAAGGAGCAAUGAAGUGAUAAGUUCGUUCAAUCAACAGAGGUCUGCUACUGGUGAUAGCAAUACAAAUGAAGAAACAUCAGGUGCGGCUCCCAUAAGAGUUUCUAACACCGGUAAGUCGGUUUUAGUCAAUACAACCCAAAAGGCGAAUCCACUGUUAAAUCAUUUAAAGAAUACUAAUUGGAGAUAUGUUUCUUCCACUGGAGGUAACAAGAUUUACUAUGAUUAUCUCAUAAAAAAUAGAUCUGUUUUGUUUUUAACUUUGACCUACCAUAAACUUUAUACAGAGUACAUCUCCAGACGUAUGUUACCACUUCAGAGAAGCGAUGAUAAUAUACUAAUAUUUGUGGUGGAUGAUAAAAAUUCUGAGGAUAUUUUAACUGAAAUUACUAAACUUUGCAUGUUCAAAGGGUUUACUCUAUUGGUCGCAUUUAAUUUUGAACAAGCUGCAAAGUAUAUCGGAUAUUUGAACUGUUGA